CCUCUUGGAUUAUAAAUUCAGCAUGGUUGCUUCCUCAAGGUCCUCUCCAAACUCAGAAAGACUCUGUAACUGAGAAGAGUGGGCCGGUCACUGCUGCAAUAAUCAUGGCACCAGGAGCAAAGAAGGGGAUUUUGGAGCGUCUGGAUGCAGGAGAGAUCGUUAUCGGGGACGGAGGCUUUGUCUUUGCCCUUGAGAAGAGAGGUUACGUGAAAGCAGGACCCUGGACACCUGAGGCUGCAGCCGAGUACCCUGAAGCAGUGCGGCAGCUGCACAGGGAGUUCCUGAGAGCAGGCGCCGAUGUUAUGCAGACAUUCACUUUCUACGCAAGCGAUGAUAAACUGGACAACAGAGGUCUCACUCAGCGCUACACUGGGCAGCAGAUAAAUGAAGCAGCUUGUGACCUGGCCAGGGAGGUGGCCAAUGAGGGUGAUGCUCUGGUGGCAGGAGGAGUAUCUCAGACUCCCUCUUACCUCAGCUGCAAGAGCGAGAAUGACGUCAAGGCCAUCUUUAAGAAACAGACUGAUGUCUUUGUCAAGAAAAAUGUGGACUUCUUGAUUGCAGAGUACUUUGAGCAUGUGGAAGAGGCUGAGUGGGCUGUCCAGGUUUUGAAGACCACCGGAGAGCCUGUGGCUGCCACUCUGUGUAUUGGACCUGAGGGAGACCUGAACGGAGUCAGCCCUGGAGACUGUGCCGUCAAACUUGUCAGAGCUGGAGCUCAGAUUGUGGGCGUCAACUGCCACUUUGACCCAGAGACCUGUGUAAAAACUGUGAGGAUGAUGAAGGAGGGAGUGGAGAGAGCCGGGCUGAGAGCUCACUACAUGAGCCAACCACUGGCUUACCACACUCCUGACUGCAACCGCCAGGGUUUCAUUGAUCUGCCAGAGUUCCCCUUCAGUCUGGAGCCGAGAAUCCUGACCAGAUGGGACAUGCAGAAAUAUGCCCGGGAAGCCUACAAUGUUGGUAUCCGUUACAUCGGAGGCUGCUGCGGAUUUGAACCCUAUCACACCCGUGCCCUGGCUGAGGAGCUGGCAACUGAGAGGGGUUUCCUGCCUGCUGGCUCUGAGAAGCAUGGCAACUGGGGCAGUGGUCUGGAGAUGCACACCAAGCCUUGGGUCAGAGCGAGGGCCCGUCGUGACUACUGGGAGAAGCUGAAGCCUGCCUCUGGCCGUCCCUUCUGCCCUGCGAUGGCCAAACCCGAUGGCUGGGGUGUCACCAAAGGCCACGCUGACCUGAUGCAGCAGAAGGAGGCCACCUCCCAGGAGCAGCUGAGGGCUCUCUUCGACAAGGCCAACAAAUGCUAUUGAGCCAAAUUACCAGCAAGAUUAACCUUGGAGUCGGGAGCAUAUCAAUGUUUCCAGGGUUCUAUGUUUCCCACUUAACCCUGCAAAAAAGCUUCUAUGUUCCCCUCUUACACAAAAAAGGUCCUAUGUUUCCCGGGUUCUAUGUUGCCUGC